AUGGCGGGACAAGAGAAUGAUGUCUUGUGUCGUGAGUUCGGAAAUCCGGAGGAUUAUGAGCUCACGGGAGGGAUUUUGCUACCCGUCACGGAAACCAAGUUCUCAAUCCAUCCACAAUAUACUCGAAUGGUCCAAUCGGAGCAAUUUUCCGGAAGUGCAAGUGAGGACCCUAUUGAACAUUUGGACCGAUUCCUUGAAUUGUGCGCAAUGAUGCAAACCAGUGAAGUGAGUCAAGACUACAUUCGUGUGCACCUUUUCCGGCAAUCUCUCACCGGACAAGCAAAGAAAUGGCUAAAGCAAGUAAAGCCUAACUCUCUCACAACAUGGAGGGAGGUUGUAAAGGCGUUAUUGAAGCGCUUUAUCUCCGAAGAGAAGACUGCAAAAAUGAGAAGGAAAAUUGCAUCAUUUGAGCAAGAGGCCGAUGAAAGUCUUGGUGAAGCAUGGGAGAGAUUCAAAGAGUUGGUGCAAGCAUGUCUCCACCAUGAGUACAAUCAAGGGUUGCUCAUGCGGUUUUUCUACGACGGAUUGGAGCCCAUGUCAAGAGCCAAUUUGGAUGCGGGGGCGGGUGGCCGAUUAAUCAAAAUCCCUCAAAAUCAAGUUGAAGCCACAAUAGAAGAGGUAGCAAAUAAUUACUCUUGGGGGGGCCGAAGAAGAAAUGCUCCAAAGAGAGGUGGUAUUUAUGAAUUGGAGAAAGUUGAUCAAUUACAACAUCUAAUCGAUCAACUAACGAAAGGGCUUUCCAAAUUGAACACCAAUGUGAAUGCAAGCUCAAGUGGUGGAGCAAGCUCUACUCAAGUUAACUCUUUCUCUUGUCAAAAUUAUGGAGGAACGAACCAUGAUACAUCCUAUUGUGGAGGUUUAAGCCCCGAACAUAUAGCGGCAUACAACACAAGGCAAGAGGGAUUUAGAGGAAGCGGCGGUGGAGUAGCUUGGAGACAACCACCACCUAGGUUUGUACCUCAACCUCAACAAUGGAACCAACAAGCUCAACCUUCCUAUAACUCCAAUCCUCAAUAUCAAAAUCCACCUCCAUCUCAACCCCGAAACCCAAGAGGAAGCUAUCCAAGGAACAACCAAUACAACAAUCAAACCCAAGCACCUCAAAGAAACCAUCAAGAAAAAGCACCUCAAGCGGAGCUAACUCAAACUCAACUCCUCCAAGCCAUGCAUGCGCAAAUGCAAUCUUUUGGGCAACAAAUGCAAGAGAUAAGAGCCCACAACAAGAUGGUUGAUUCACAACUAGCUCAAUUGGCCGAGAGAACUCCUUUCAAUUCACCAUCCACUCUACCCGGACAACCACAACCUAACCAAUCUCACAAUCCAAAACCCGAUACAUGCAAGGCGAUCACAUUGAGGUCGGGAACUUCCUAUGAAGGACCAAAUUAA